AUGCCAAAGGUUCCAAAGAAUAGUUACGAAAGAGACGAUGGUGACAAUGAUGACGAUGGUUGCGAUGGUGACGACAGUGGCGACGAAGAAGAUGGUGACGAUGGUAACGAUCUUGAUCUUGAACUCUCUCUUCGUCUGCCGUUGCAAAAAAAAUUCUUUCGUCGUCCACUGCCAGGAGAGAAUACUCCACUGCAGCAGCAAUUCCUCUUCUAUAUGGCGCAAGUGCCGUUAGAGAAUAAAGUACCACCACAACAAUUCUAUCUUCAUUCUCUACCUUCGGAAGAAAGCACUUCAACACCAAUCUCUCCUUCUGAUCCACAUCCAUUGUCGUCGCAACCGCAACCACAAUCGCUGCAACUACAACCGCAACCGCUGCAACCACAACCGCAACCGGAACCGCCAAUCCCACAUCCUUCCACUUCCUCUUGCAAUACUUCACAAUCUUUAAAACCUAGCCGUAAGCGCCGCAGUUCUCAAGAGUCUCCUUCAACUCAUCCAUCUUCAAGCGAGCAACGACAACAAAAACCCAAUAUUUCAAGACGACCAAGGAUCAAACCAAAGGACACGGCGAUCGAGCCGCCGUAUCCCUGGUCCACGGCGAACCGAGCCGUGGUCCACGACCUAAAAUACCUCCAACAGAACCAAAUCCUCACCAUAACCGGCGACGUCAAAUGCAGCCAAUGCCAGAAACAGUACAAGAUCGAGUACGACCUCGUCACAAAGUUCGACGAGAUCGCGAGUUUUAUAGAGAAGAACAAGGAUACUUUACACGACAGAGCUCCGAGUUCGUGGACAAACCCUAAUUUACCAAACUGCAAAUUCUGCGGCCAAGAAAGCUGCAUGAGGCCGGUGAUUCCGCCGGAGGACGAAGACGACGAUUACAAGAACAUAAAUUGGUUGUUCUUGCUUUUAGGGCAAAUGAUUGGAUGUUUGGGACUCAAACAUCUGAAAUAUUUCUGCACUUACACCAAUAAUCAUCGUACGGCUGCAAAGGAUCGUCUUGUUUAUCUCACUUAUCUUUCUCUGUGCAAGCAACUUCAGCCAUCAACAGAGCUCUUCCAUCGCUAA